UUUCAAGGACCCCAAAUAAGAGAAAUAAUCAGGCGAAACAAGUCGCAAUUUUUAUUUUAUUUAUUUUUCGAGUUCCCCCAGGCUGAUGCCGCACUCCCUAAAUCAGACUAGCGACUUCCCGCAAUUUGAAUCAGUAACACCCCUCCCUCAUCCACAUAAAAGCCUACCUCCUCUCUCCCGCUUCUCGCAACUCUUUUUUUUCCUGUUUCCUGAUUUAUCCAUCAUCAAUCAACAAGACGCCAUUUUAUCUCUCCGCAAUUUGUGCCAUCGGUAACCAUACACUUUCCAUCAAUAAAACAUCACCAAAACACAUCUAAACCUCAUUCAAGAUGACUGGACGCGGCAAGGGCGGCAAGGGUCUCGGAAAGGGAGGUGCCAAGCGCCACCGUAAGAUUCUUCGAGACAACAUCCAGGGUAUCACCAAGCCCGCUAUCCGACGUCUCGCCCGUCGUGGUGGUGUCAAGCGUAUCUCAGCUAUGAUCUACGAAGAGACCCGUGGUGUCCUCAAGUCCUUCCUCGAGGGUGUCAUCCGUGAUGCCGUCACGUACACCGAGCACGCCAAGCGCAAGACGGUCACCUCGCUGGAUGUCGUCUACGCCUUGAAGCGACAGGGCCGCACCCUGUACGGUUUCGGUGGUUAA